AUGCCGGCAAAGACUGGUGUGAGAAGAAGGCGGGCUCCACCGGCUAGCCGGGCCGAGCUUCAAGAUGGCGCAGGUGGGGCCUGCUGUGAGGCUGAGGGUGGGGAGGAGGGGGAGGACCCGGCCGCCAUCCGGCGUCUCCCGCCUGAGGUGACAAUGCAUCACCCACCAGAAGGGCAGGAGGGUCCUGAGGCUCCUUUUCCUGCUGCUUCCCAUCCUGUCUGGAACUCACAGGCUUGGCUGGAGCAGAAGAUGCAGGAGCUCAAGGAGACGGCGGCUCAGGUGUCUGCUGCCAGGGCAAAUAUACUGCAGGCAGUGCGAGAGGUCCUCAGAGACCAUGGUGUCCAAGAGGAGAAGAGAGAGGAAAUUCUGCAGCUGACUCAGGCGGCAAUUAAGAACGUGCUUGAAAACUACCUCCCGAUGCCUGACUGGGCUCUGGAAGCCAUAGGUGCCACCAUUGAGGAGGAGAGGACAUCCAAGAGUUACGGUGGGCAAGGCAAGAAGAGCUGGUGGCUUUCUCCAUUCGGCUUCUCUUCUGCAAACCCUCCAGAGACGAUCUUGCAGCCCCGUAUGGCCCCUGGCAACUGCUGGGCUUUCCAAGGAUCUCGGGGCCACGUGGUCAUCCGGCUGCCUGAGCAGAUCUGGCCAAGGGCUUUCACCAUCUGGCAUAUCUCCGAGGCAGUCUCUCCUUCCGGGGAAGUCAGCAGCGCCCCCAAAGAGUUUGCCGUCUCCGGCGUGGAUGAGGCAGGGGCAGAAACUCUCCUGGGGACAUUCACCUACGAGGUGCACAAGGAGGUGGCUCAGACGUUCCACGUGCAGAAGGAGCUUCCCAGGACCUUUCGCUACAUCAAAUUCGAGGUGCAGAGCAACUGGGGAAACCCAGAGUACACCUGUGUGUACCGUGUACAGGUUCACGGGAAGACGGCGAGCCACCACGACCACCCACAGGCCCAAGAUCUCCUUUGA